AUGUGGAAAGACCCUUCACAUGUGUAUGCAGGCACAGCCUAUUCGCUCGCUGUCCAGAAUGGGCUCUUCGUCGAUGGUCACGAGCAAGACUUUGCACGGACGCAUACUUCUUUAUCCAAAGAGAUGAGAGAUAUGAGGGCUCAUCUGUGGCUCAACUGUUGUUUAGUUUUCCAAGCUACCAGCCUGUGUGAUGGCCUCCCACACCUUUCUAUCUCCGAGUCCAAGCCCUACCAGAGGAAAGCUAGGCUCGAGGAGAUUGUGGACGCUUCAUUCCAUUACCGCAUCAAGUGCCAUGACAUCUUGAUUGAUGCCACUAGAGCAUUUGGCGACAUCAUAAACGAGCAGGGCGAGGGCAGUAAGUCGUUGCCACCGCUAAUCAGGAUCUUUAGUGAACAAGUGGAAGCCAUCCCACUUCCUCUCCGUGAUGACUUAUGCUACCUUACCCGUUGCUGUACCCGUCUCGCAAUAUCAGCCUACUACUUCUUCCUACGAAGUCAUGACUUUAAGAAACCAGGCCUGAUCACAACCUUUUCAACAGCCACAGAAGUUCUUGAUGUCGUGUCUCGCCUAGAUGCUAUGCAGGACUUUGCGUUAUAUGCUUCAAACUACUAUACCCGCAUGGCCUUGCUAGCGGCGUUCUGCAUCCUACGAAUAGUCCGUAGCCAGUUGAAAGAGCACAUUGACCUGCGUGAUGCUCAACAGUCGCUCUUCAAGGCGAUUUCAUUCGUCAAGAGGCGUUCCAUGCAACACGGUGACCUGGAUGAGAGGUAUGGGACGAUCCUCUCCCAGUUGUGGUCAAACAGCGAUUCGAUGGAUACUUCUACAGCCAAUGGGUUGGAUCUGAGGAUCCGUAGUCGUUUGUUUAUGAGCGUCGUCUUUGACUCUCUUUGGUGGUGGCGAGUCGAAUACAACGGGCAAGGCAGCCCAUACGACACGGACAACACUGCGCCAGAACCUGGUCAGUCGGAUGACACAGAUGCCAGCACGUUUUGGAACUCGACAGCUGCGCCUGUAGGCGACAGCUUCGGAUUAUCCAACCUCCCCGAGGUUUAUAUGGACUGGAACUUCCCUCUGAAUAUUGAUUAUAUUGGGUAA